AUCCACAUCUCAAAAUAUGCGGCGAACCUCAUCCACCACGCGGCCACGCCUGGUAAUUCCACCACUCCACUCUCCAAAUUGCUUUAACGCUGCCCUUCCAGUUUUACCGCCACCGCCCAACGUUUUCACAUUUCCUCGUUCCUUUCACUAUUUCGUCGUCUUCUUCUACCAUCUUUUACCUUUCCACGUCUUUAUAGAUAGAUCAUGAAUCAUCAUCGUCAUCGUCAUCGCAACUACUCAAGCAAAAUCAAGCUCACUAUUUAAACCCUAACUCGGUUCAAUUUCUCUUUAGUUCACUCUCAUCGACCGAGAGUCAACCUUUUGACUCAGCAAACAAUGAGCCUGCUCAGGCGAUUUGAGCUCAUUGAGCCCUCCUACUACCCUCCCCUCUUCCUCCGAGAUACCUCCAUUUUUGCCCCCAAAACCCUACCUUUCCCUUUUUUUGUAAAAGAGGAUGAUCUCGAUCUCGAUCUCCCAAACAUUUACCCUGGCCAUGGCCCCAUAGAUUUCUUCGAAACGGUCACCGAUCUUGUCUCCUUCAAUGAAACGCCGUCGUUUUCUUAUUAUGGACGACUUCAGCGAUUCGACAGUCUCGGAGCCCAGUCUUCUUACUUGAAAAGCCUGUCCGACCGAGUGAGCCUGCUGGAGUCGCGUUUCGACCGGCUGCUCAGCUCGAGGUCCAAAGGUGGCGACCGGAAGUACACUUGGACGGCGGAGAUCAAGAGUCCGGAGAACGACGGAGUCGAUCGGAAGUACAAAUGGACGACGGAGAUCAAAGAAGGGAGGAAGGAGAAAGGAGGCAUUGAGAAAAAGUAUAUGUGGACGGCUGAGAUUAACGGGAGGGGAGAAGGGGGCCGUCCGAUCGAGCGGACGUACACUUUCAAAUCAUCGAGUGGCGACACAGAUGAUCAUAGUGGAUCAAAGACGAAGGAGGUGAAGGAGAAGAAGAAAAAGAAGACGAAGCGAGAGAGUGACACGCGUUUAGUGGAGAUCGAAGAGCCAGUAGAUCAUGGGGCUGUGGUUUUAAGACAGGCCUUUGCCAAGAGAGUUGAAAGGAGCAAAGGUAAGAAGAAGGAACUAUGUCCUCAAGAUGCUGCAUUGAUGAUUCAGAUGAGCUUUAGAGCUUAUCUGAUUCGUAGAUCACAGGCGCUUUGUGCCCUUAGAGAUUUAGCAAUUGCCAAGGCCAAGUUGAAGGAGAUCAGAGCAUUGUUCAAUAAUUUCUCCUACCGUCGUCGUGUCGCUCAAGAUGCAGAAGAGCGUCAGAAGUUCUCAGAAAGAAUUAUUGUCCUUCUCCUUACAGUUGAUGCCAUUGAGGGAGCUGACCUCAUGGUGCGUGCUGCAAAGAGGUCAAUUGUGGAUGAGUUAGAAGCAAUGCUCGAUGUAGUGGACCCGCAGCCUCCUGGUAAAUCACUAUCCAUGAGGAGGACUUUUGAUAUGCCUGAUGGUGUCAUUCAGAAGGAAAUUGCUGCAGGUGUGGCACAGGUUGUCCAAAUGCUUAAUCGGGAAGGGGAGAGUGCCAACGACUUCGAAGCAUCCCUGUAGGGAAUGGUAAUGCGACAAUUCACCACUGUUUUAAUUUCCUUCUGGUGUUAUAAAGUGUUACCGGCCAGGAGGUUUUGACCCAUUUGAGAAGAUGUAGAAGACUUUAAAUGGCCCUCUCUCUUGUAUUGAGUUGUAUACUGCUUGGACUUCUCCCACUGCUUGCAAGAGUUUUACCAGAUUUAGAUGACUUUAAGAUGGCUGAUCAUAGUACUCUGAUUUGUGUGCGCAAUGUGUGGAACUGGCCGGUGGUGAUAAUUAUUAAUGUUCUCAACCCAGGAAAGCCUUCAUCCCAACCACUUUGCAUUGAUCUUUUUUCAACAUCUAGCUCUCUGAGGGCCGGCCAUGUUCUCUGCUAAAUUGGUUUUAGGCUAUGUUGUGUAUUCACAUUUCUCACAGCCUUCAAUUUGUUCAAGUCAACGGUCAUUCCUAUGUUUGUGUCGUUUGGGGUAACGUCCUUUUCUUUAAAUUGUGCGGAAUUGAUGUAUUAUACUCAUGGCAUAUCCAGGGAAAAAGAUGUCAAAUCUACUCAUGGCAGAAAAUGCAGUACGAUGGUCAACUGGGACGAUUGAGGCAGAUGACACGGUGGAGAGUUUUUUUCUGGUUUCGUUGAUUAGUUUCUUUGAGUAGUACCAAAGACUGCAAAAAAAAAAAAAAAAAAAAACUCAAGAACAAACAGGGCCAAUCUAAAUGGCUCAUGAGUCUUAGCAGAACUUUGUAUGGGCUUAAUCAUUAGCAGUCUCUGUUCAAACUUCAAAGUCACUUUUUUUUUUUUUGGUUUUUUGGGUAUUAACUACUGUGUUCAUCACAUGUUGUAAAUUGGGCUACUUCUAAUAAUAUAAAAACAUAGAUGUAGUUUAAUUCUAAA